UUAAAUGGGCCUACAUUUUAUUAGAAUAAAAUGUUCAACAAACUUUGUCAUAUAAAAUGCCAAAAGGUGACAACAAGCAAAGACAAUGGAAAAAGAGAGUGAGGUAUGAACUCCUCUGCAUCACAGAUUGUUGAUUGAAUUUGACACAAAAACACAACCCCAGCACCAUGUGCGCGGUAGGAAACUCUCUGGAGUAACAUCAUACCAUAUUUGGAGCACCGGUCUUGUCGUAUAUGGUAUUUCCGCAGUUUUGUCUCAGUGCUACAGUGGGAAGAGACACAAUAGUCCUGCCCCAAUGUGCCCCACUCAGCUGUGAUCAAUGAAGUGCAUGAAAUAGCGACUAGAACUGACCUCUACUCUGCCCAAGAGCAUCUCACAGAGUGAAACUACCUACAUUCUCACUUCAGUUUGCGUUGUGGAUUAAUUUCAAUAUAAAAAAAAAUUAUAUAGAGCCUGGCCAUUGUAAGUUUUGAUCGUCAUGACGUCCAGCGUGCAGCUGGUUGAAAUAAGUGGGUACGAGCUGGCACAUGUACUUCGGAUUCCUCGGGAGCAUGGGGGUUAUGGCUGUUUUGUGCUGGGCUGUAGACCUUUUGUAGAUUACUGCCUGGCGCACAUCAGCGGAUCGCGCAAUGUGAACUGGAACUCAAUGCUCCGCCGCAGGUCAAAGGGCUCAGCGGUUGCUCUGGAGUGGCUCAUCUCUGCGCUGCGCAAAGGAGACUUUUGUCCUUUGGUUGUUAGGGACCAGAGUAGUCUGUCUAUAAAUGAGCUACAGUUCGAGAGCGUGAGCCGAAUGCUACUCACUGGCCUGCAGAGCGAAGUGAGGACAGAAGUGUGCUUUUUGCAAGGUGGAUUUGAAGGAUUUUCUGAGACCUACCUAGAGCUACGUUACAGCUCUGUACACAAUAAAAUGAUGACUCUGGAAACAAAUCCAGGGCACACAACCCCAUUUUAUGAUCAGGAUGGUCCAGUGGAGCUGCUGCCCUUCCUGUUCUUGGGUAGUGCAGUCCACUCCUCAUGCAGAGAGGCCCUGGCUGCAGUGGGCAUCACAGCUGUGCUCAACAUCUCCUCAUCCUGUCCUAACCUGUAAGAGGGCGAGCUCCUGUACCUGCGCCUCACUGUGGAGGACAGUGUGGCUGCAGACAUCGGGGCCUGCUUCUCCCCUGCAAUCACUUUUAUUAACUCAGUGAAGCAGACAGGCGGUCGUGUGUUGGUCCAUUGUAAAGCUGGUAUCUCGCGCUCCGCCACCAUAUGUCUGGCCUACCUCAUGCACACUCACCGCAUUCGUCUACAGGACGCCUUCGACUUUGUAAAGCAGCGAAGGAACAUCAUCUCCCCAAAUGUGGCUUUCAUGGGGCAGCUGCUGCAGUUUGAGACAGACGUGCUCUGCCAGGGCUGA